GAUUCCAACAUGUGUAAUCAAAAGUUACUAAUUCUGACCCUAAACUAACUUUUUUCAAAGAUAAAAGAAAGUGUCCACUCUAUUUAAUACUAUUAUUUUUUUGCUACAUUUCAUGCUUGAAUUUAUAAAAAUUCAAUAUGAUGCUUUGUCGCUAAUCUUAUAAAAACAUAGUUCGUGUGUCGUAUAGAUUUCCUAACCUAAAAAGAGCAUUAUGUACAAUAUUAUGUAUAAAACAUCGUGAGCAUCAAUAAUAUUAUAAUCUCUAUCAUGACAGAACAAGAAGUAAUGCCAGACAUUGAAAUGGACGAAACUAGUGAUGUGGAUAGUGGUGAUGAUUGGAGUGAAACUAAUGAGGAUGUUCAAACUAUUAUAUGUCUUUUUUGUAAGGAUACUACAGAUGGUAUGACAAAUGCAUUGAAGCAUCUUGAAGUGCUUCAUAAUUUUGCUUUAAGAAAUUUUAUAACAAAACAUUCUCUUGACUCAUAUUCGUAUAUAAAGUUAAUCAAUUUCAUUCGUCAAAAGAACAUUCAACCAGAACAAUUAAAUACUUUAUGUAUAAAAGAUUGGCAGGACGAUGAAUAUUUAUAUCCUGUUAUAGAAGACGAUCCAUUGUUAAUGUACGAUAUCGAAGAUUUAGAAAACAAACCUGUAAACACUAUUAGUUACACUGUAAAUUCAGAAAAUGGGUGCGUUACUUUAUCGGAAGUACAUUUUGCUGAACUGCAAAGGACCAUUCAGACACUUAAAGCACAACUAGAACAACGUGAAUUAGCAUGCUUUUUAGCUAAACAGCAAGUAAAUGAAAUGAUAGAAAAAGCACAAAAAUUAGUUUUGGAUGAUGAACAAGAAAACAUAGAGAAAAUAACUGAUAAAAAGCGUGCUUCACGUACAGAUGAGGGAUAUUUUAAUACAUAUAGUCAUUUUGCCAUUCAUCAUGAAAUGUUAACAGAUAAAAUACGAACAGAAAGUUAUCGUGAUGCAUUGUUUACAAAUUCCAUUAGAUUUAGCAAUUGUAUAAUGUUGGAUGUAGGUUGUGGGACAGGUAUCCUGUCUAUGUUUGCAGCAAAGUCUGGUUGUCGUAAAGUUAUCAGUGUUGAUCAGUCUGAUGUAAUAUAUCAUGCUAUGGAUAUUGUAAGAGAGAACAAUUUAGAUAACAUUAUUACAUUAAAAAAAGGUCGCUUAGAAGACAUUACACUUGAAGAAGAAAAAGUAGAUGCAAUUAUUUCUGAAUGGAUGGGAUAUUUUUUAUUAUUUGAAGGAAUGUUAGACACAGUCAUUUAUGCAAGGGAUCAUUAUUUAGUUGCUAAUGGUAUAUUAAUGCCAAAUAGAUGUUCAAUGAGUAUAGUUGGAAGUGGAGAUACACAAAGAUAUGUAGAUUUGAUUGAUUAUUGGUCCAAUGUUUAUGGUUUUAAAAUGAGCUGUAUGAAAGCUGAAGUUUUGAGAGAACCAAGCAUAGAAAUUUGUAGGUCUGAAUAUAUUAUAACUACUGCUGCCGAGAUUCAGACAUUUGACUUAUAUACAGUGUCUACGGAUUGUGUAAACUUCUCAGCACCUUUUAACUUAAUUGUAAAGAAGACUGGAUCAUUGACUGCAAUAAUUGGUUACUUUGAUGUAUUUUUUGAUUUAGAAAAUUCAGUCAGUUUUAGUACUGGUCCAAAUGCUUCACCGACGCAUUGGAAACAAACAGUAUUUUCUUUAAAAGAACCUAUUAGCAUAACUGAAGGUGAAGUUUUAAGUGGUAAAUUGGUAUGUCGCAGGCAUAUCAAAGAUGUUCGUGGUUUGAUCAUUACCAUCCACAUCAAAGAUUUUAGUCAAGUUUAUUAUAUGGAUUAGAUAUAAUAUAUGCUUUUGCAUUACAAGUCUAUUAAAAAAUUUGUAUCUUUAUCAAAUUAAUAUUCUUAGUAUAUUUAUCCAACUUUUUUUCUUGUUUUUUUUUUUUUUUCCUUUUUUUUCCUUUUUUUCAGUUUUUAAUAUAUGCAUAUAAUAACAAAAAUAAUGAUGUUUAGAUAUCAUUUAGGAGUCACUGCCAUCUUAGAAUAUGUUUUGAAACUUUUGUUUUAAACAAUUUAUACAUUCCAUUAUGGAUUGUAUUGCCAUGUAAAAUAAUUUCAUAUAUAUUAGAAAAGGAUAAUUCUAUUUAAUUUUAUUAAUUCUGCAAUUAAGAGAAAGAAAAAUUUUAUUCUCAUAACACUAUACGCUUAAACAAAAAAUAGUCAUCCAAUUAAACUAGUUUCGUCAUAAACACAAUUAAAUAUUCUUCUAGAAUAACAGAAUCAAGAAAACCAAAUUAACGAAAAAGAGUGGCCUUAGUUUUUCAUUAGAUAUAUUAAUUAGAUUACAGUUUAAAUAACAGUUCUACAAAUAAUAUAUAUAUAAACUAUUAAUAUAUUAAGCAUCGCUUAAUUCUACCACCUUAUAUGCCUUAGCUUUAUUCUCGUGGACCAUUAUUUUUUCGAACUAUUAUACA